GGGAGGAGUCCCCGGAAGUGAUGCACGGAGAAGCCCACGUGUGCGAUUCCACUCCACAUGGCUGUGCUCCUGAAGAGGUUGUUGCGUCGCCGGAGGCCCCCGGCGGCCUUGGGCCGCCCCCUGGGACGGCGCGAGGCCAGCCUGGACACUCAUGCCGGGGCUGCGGUGCGAGUGCGGUUCGCCCCCAGCCCCACAGGCUUCUUGCACCUGGGCGGCCUCCGCACUGCCUUGUACAACUACAUCUUUGCCAAGAAGCACGGAGGGAGCUUCAUCCUGAGGCUAGAGGACACGGAUCAGACCCGCCUUGUGCCUGGGGCAGCGGAGAAUAUAGAGGACAUGCUGGAGUGGGCAGGCAUCCCCCCUGACGAGAGCCCCCGCCGGGGAGGUCCUGCGGGGCCCUACCUGCAGUCUCAGCGACUUGCGCUCUACGCCCAGGCCACCGAAGCUCUGCUGAAGAGCGGCGCUGCGUACCCAUGUUUCUGCUCACCCCAGCGGCUGGAGCUCCUGAAGAGGGAGGCCCUAAGGAACCGCCAGACACCCCGGUAUGACAAUCGGUGCCGGAGCCUGAGCGAGGCGCAGGUGGCCCAGAAGCUGGCCAAGGACCCCAAGCCUGCCAUCCGCUUCCACCUGGAGGGGGAGGCGCCAGCCUUCCAGGACUUGGUGUAUGGCUGGAAUCGGCAUGAGGUGGCCAGUGUGGAGGGGGACCCAGUCAUCCUGAAGAGCGAUGGCUUCCCCACCUACCACCUGGCCUGCGUGGUGGACGACCACCACAUGGGCAUCAGCCACGUGCUGCGGGGCUCCGAGUGGCUGGUCUCCACCUCCAAGCAUCUGCUCCUCUACCAGGCCCUGGGCUGGCAGCCCCCGCUCUUUGCCCACCUGCCCCUGCUCCUCAACAGGGAUGGCAGCAAGCUGUCCAAGAGGCAAGGGGACAUCUUCCUGGAGCAUUUUGCUGCCGCCGGCUUCCUGCCGGAUGCCUUGCUCGAUAUCAUCACCAGCUGCGGCUCAGGGUUUGCAGAGAACCAGAUGGGCAGGACCUUGCCAGAGCUGAUCACACAGUUUGACCUGACCCGGGUCACCUGCCACUCGGCCCUGCUGGACCUGGAGAAGCUCCCAGAAUUCAACAGGCUGCACCUCCGCCGGCUGGUGAGCGAUGAGACCCAGAGACGCCAGCUGGUGGGGAAGCUACAGGCUCUCGUGGAGGAGGCUUUCGGGAGCCAGCUGCAAGACAGGCAUGUGCUGGACGCGGCCUACGUGGAGAGGAUCAUCCUGCUGAGACAGGGUCACAUUUGCCGCCUGCAGGAUUUGGUCUCCCCAGCGCACUCCUACCUGUGGACUCGCCCUGCUGUGGGUCGAGCGCAGCUGGGCGCCGUCUCGGAGAAGGUGGACGUCAUUGCCAAGCGUGUGCUGGGGCUUUUAGAAGGACCCGGUGUGAGUUUAACUCAGGACAUGCUGAACGGAGAACUGAAGAAGCUGUCAGAAGGUCUGGAAGGCACCAAACACAGUAACGUGAUGAAGCUCCUCCGAGUGGCCCUCAGUGGACAGCUGCAAGGACCUCCUGUAGCUGAGAUGAUGUUGUCCUUGGGACCAAAGGAAGUGCGGGAGCGAAUACAGAAGGUGCUUUCCAGCUAGAGAGAAGGUGUGCAGGACAGCAGAGGUGGCCACAGGAACUGUACUCCUGGGACCUGCCCUCAGAGGGGAGGAGCAGGAGGCCUGGGGCCCAUCGGAAGCCUGUGAAAGGACCCAAGAAUGGACACAGAGCCUCUGGGUGCACAGGUGCAUUUAUGGCUCCAUGCCAGGCCCAUCCUUACCAGUUGGCCAGGGUCACCCAGCCCCCUAACCUCCCUGGCGCUGGAAAGGAAGGCCUCACGCAUGGUUCUGACACCACAGCACACAGCAGAGGUUAGGAGCUGGCUCGCUGUACAGUCACAGCUCAUGUUUCAGUCUGCUCGGGCUGCCAUGAAAACAUAUCACAGAAUGGUGGCUUACACAACAGAAAAUGAUUUUCUCACAGUUCUGGAGGCCAGCAGUCCAAGAUCAAGGUGUUGGCAGGUUGCGUUUCUCCUGAGGCCUCACUCCUUGUCUUGCAGACGGCUGCCUUUUUGCUCUCUCCUCACAUGGCCUUCCCUCUGUGUGCCCUCCGUAUCUCUGUUUGUCCAAAGGCCCUCUUCUUAAGAGGACGCCAGUCAGAUUGGGUUAAGGCCCACCCUCACGGCCCAGUUUGAACUUAAUCACUUCUUUAAAGGCCCUGUCUGCAAAUUCGGUCACAUACUGAGGUACAGAGAGGUUAGGGCUUCACAUGUGAGUUUUGAGGGGAACACAACUCAGCCCAUACGUAACAGCUUGGCAGCAGCCUGGACUCCUGGGUCCCAGUUCUUGGGCCCAGUUUGACUUUGUUUUUUCGUUUUGUUUUAUUUUUUAAUAAAUUUAUUUAUUUUUGGCUGUGUUGGGUCUUGGUUGCUGCACACGGGCUUUCUCUAGUUGCAGCGAGUGGGGGCUGCUAUUCAUUGCGGUGCGCGGGCUUCUCAUUGCAGUGGCUUCUCGUUGCGGUGUGCGGGCUCUAGGCGCGCAGGCUCAGUAGUUGUAGCUCACGGGCUCUAGAGCGCAGACUCAGUAAUUGUGGCACACGGGCUUAGUUGCUCCACGGCAUAUGGGAUCUUCGCGGACCAGGGCUCGAACCUGUGUCCCCUGCAUUGGCAGGUGGAUUCUCAACCACUGCGCCACCAGGGAAGCCCCCAGUUUGAGUUUGGAGCAAUGACUGACAAGCUGGGCUGAACUGGCUUGUUAGACUUUCUUUGGGGCUUAUAAGGGAAGAAGCCACAAAUCUGCCCAGGGGGAACACUUAACGUUUUAUACUACUCUUUGUCCUUGGGCUUGGGGCAGCCUGUAUCUCCCUUCCCUAAAGGUUGUCUCUUCCUCUUUUCCAGUUCUCCAGACCUGGUCCUUGGACUGGAGACCUUUACCCUGCCUGUUUUGCAUCUUUUUCUUCAUAUUCGCCUCCUUCUUCCACCCAUUAUUUGUAAAUCACUGUCUGUGGGUUUCUGAAAUGAGAUAUUCUUCUUGGGGUGAAUAGGAAUAGCUGAAGUGAAAGGAGGAUGGUGGCCGGCUACAAAGACCCCUACACGGCUUCUGGGCUUCCCCUUUGUAGCCCCCAGUCACUGCUACCUCCUGGCAUUCACACUGAAUAGGGCUGACUUCUGUGUGGUGUGUCAUGGCUUCCAUGUUGUUCUCUUGGAUCCCUUACUCUGUGGGAAGCCAGCUUCCACACUGUGAAGACAGUCAGACAGACAAGGAUCGGAGGCCUUCUGACAACAGCUGUAUGAAUGGGCCAUCUUGGAAGUCAGUCUUCCAGCCCCAGUCAAGCCUUCAGAUGACUGCAAUGCUGGCUGACAUUUGACUGCAACGUUCUUUUUUUUUUUUUUUAAAAUUGGAGUAUAGUUGCUUUACAAUGUUGUGUUUGUUUCUGCUGUGCAGCAAAGUGAAUCAGCCACACGUAUACAUAUAUUCUCCUCUUCCUUGGAUUUCCUUCCCAUUUAGGUCACCACAGAGCAUUGAGUACAGUUCCCUGUACUAUACAGUAGGUUCUCGUUAAUUAUCUGUUUUAUACAUGGUGUAUAUGUGUCAAUCCCAAUCUCCCAAUCCAUCUCACCCCCUCUUCCCCCUUAGCAUCUAUACGUUUGUUCUCUAUGUCUCUGUCUCUGUUUCUGCUUUGCAAAUAAGUUCAUCUAUACCAUUUUUCUAGAUUCCACAUAUGUGUUAAUAUACAAUAUUUUUCUCUUUCUGACUUACUUCACUCUGUAUGAAAGUCUCUAGGAACAUCCACGUCUCUGCAAAUGGCACAAUUUAGUUCCGUUUUAUGGCUGAGUAAUAUUCCACUGUAUAUAUGUACCACAUCUUCUUUAGCCAUUCCUCUGUUGAUGGACAUUUAGGUUGCUUCCAUGUCCUGGCUAUUGUAAAUAGUGCUGACUGCAGCCUUCUUGAAAGAUCCUGAGCCAGAACCACUAAGCAAAGUUGCUCCUGAAUUUCAGACACACCGUUAUGAGAUAAUAAAUAUUUAUUGUUUAAAGCCACUUAGCUCUGAGAUAAUUUGUUACCCAGCAAGAGAUUGCUAAUACACUGUCCUUGUCCAGGGGAAUAGGGAAAGGGGAUUAAAGAAUUUGCUGAGUUUCACAGAGACCUAAUCCUUGCUUGAAAAGUACAUCAGAUAAAGUUCUUUGAUGGCAAGCAAUGGAAACCAACUCUGCCUAACUUAGGUUUAUUUAAGUUUAUGGGAGUUUAAAUUUGUGAGAAAGUCAUAGAGUCUAUGGGAAAGCCAAAGAACCAGGUCUUGGAAAAGACAGGAACCGGGGAAGCUCUGAGCAUGCAGGCAGCAGGAGCUCAUGGCCAGUCUUGUCUGUGUUCUUCAGUGGGAACACAUGAACUCAACUUUUUUGUUGUGGUUUCUCUGUAUUUUUUCCCCUUCAGUUUUGGAUGAUUCAGCUAAAGAUUCAGAUUCGAAGAAGAGAGUGUCUGGUUGGGCUAACUGAGGUCAUGUUACCAUUCCUCAGCCAGGAAUAUAUCCAAUGGAGGAAAAGUUCCCAAGGAGAAGUAGGGUGCUUUUUCCAGAAGAAGGGGCAAUGGCAGAAACAACAGGUGUUCCGCCAAAGGGGACACAGAAUAAUAAUGCUUGCAAUUUAUUGUGCGUUCACAUGAGCCUCAACCACUUCUGGGUUUCCAAUUAUGCUGGUAGGGGACUUCCCUGGUGGUGCA